UUUCUUUUCAUCUUCAAUUCUUUCAAAACUCUUAUACUACGUACUACUAGAGUUCCAAGCAUGGCUUCGAAGCUGUUCAAGUCCCUUGCACUCUUCCUAGUCCUAAACCUUUUCUUUGUUUCACUUGUCUCCGCAUGCGGAGAAUGUGGAAGUGGUACUAGCCCAAACCCCAAGCCAAAACCCAAGCCUAAGCCUAGGCCUACCCCUGGAUAUUCAGGCUCCCCCUCAACCGGAGGUUCGACCUCAUCUUCAGGAACUUGCCCCAUUGAUGCCCUUAAGUUAGGGGUUUGUGCAAAUGUCCUAAAUGGUUUGCUCGACCUUACCAUCGGUACUCCUCCUAAGAGCCCUUGCUGCCCCCUCAUCCAAGGCCUCAUCGACGCCGAGGCUGCUGUCUGCCUUUGUACUGCCAUUAAGGCUAAUGUUUUAGGCAUUAACUUGGAGAUCCCGCUCUCUAUUAGCUUACUCGUUAACUACUGUGGAUGCCAACUCCCCCAUGGGUUCCAGUGUCCCUAAACCAUGGCAGUGCAGCAUGUCAACUUUUUUUUUUUCUCUUGAUUCUUGAUUUUCUUUAUAUUCAGCUAUGAGAUGGUCAACUUAUUGUUUAAUUUUGUCAAUUUGUCAUAUUGAUUUUUAAGUGCAUUAUUGUUCUUCUUGUUUACUAACUAAAAGGAUUAUUUCUCAGAAAAGUCUCGGGUAGGAGGCUUGUUAAUAAUCGUGUUCCAUGAAGUUUGGUUGUGGCCUAUUUAUUGAUUAUGUGAAAUGAAUAUUUACUUGUCUUUAAAUUGUUA